AGCUGCAAACUGGCUGGUAGCCAGGGGCCGUCUAUUUAAAAGCGCCCGCUCGGCCGGAGCCCCGUAGUCUCUUUGGAAACUUCUGCCGUGGGGGGAAAAGAGCUAAGAAGGAGCUGCAAAGCGGUUGGGGGUUUUCCUUUUUCUUUUUCUUUUCUUUCUCCUUUAAAUUACCCCCUCCGCCGAUCGCACCCUUCUCCCGGCUUCACGCAAGAACCUGCGUGCGAGUUUCCAAGAGGUGGUGGGAGAGUGAGCGAAAGGAGGUUGUUAGGGUUGGGGUUGGGUUCGGGGAUUUUUUUUUUUCUUCUUCUUCUUCUUGAUUUCAACGUUUUCCCCCAUCCUCUCGGCAGCAGCCGCCACCUCUUACCUGUUCCUCGGCAGCGCUUCUGCCGCGCCGCUGGCGGCUGAGGCUUUGGAAGGUGUCCUUUAGAUUUUUUCAACCAAUUUUUCGACUCCAACCCCAUUUUUCUCCACGCCCUCCCCCACACCUCACCCCGCACUCUUCUCCUCCACCGCCUUUGAGCUCAUUAUUCCCGUAGUGGCUUGGGGCGAACAAUUUUUGGGCUCCCCCCGCCUCCCCAUCACCACCACCACCACCACCACCACUGCCAUUCUGCCGAGGGCGGGCGCCAAGGUCUGUCUCUCGGGUCUCGCCUCCCUCUCCCUGCACCUGGCGCGGCUCUUUUUCACGCAACCUGUUGCAACUGUUUAAUCCUUGCAGCGGGGACUUGCUCGCGCGCACCCCCACCCCACCCCGCCCUCCAUCUCUGCCUGCGUUUUUGCAAUUGUCUGGAGGAGGGCCACCUGCUCUACCUGUCAGACGUUCCUUUUUCCCUUUUUUUCUUUUUUUUUUCAAUCCCCCACCACCACCUCCGGGCUCCCCUUUCUCCCCCGGCGCUCUCGCUCUCCUGUCCCGCCCCACGAUCCAAGGGAGAGACCCAGCGAAGAUGGUGCUCACCGCGGUCCUCCUGCUGCUGGCCGCCUGUGCGGGGCCGGCUCAGAGCCUCGGCUCUUUUGUGCACUGCGAGCCCUGCGACGAGAAAGCCCUCUCCAUGUGCCCCCCCAGCCCCCUGGGCUGCGAGCUGGUCAAGGAGCCCGGCUGCGGCUGCUGCAUGACCUGCGCCCUGGCCGAGGGGCAGUCGUGCGGCGUCUACACCGAGCGCUGCGCCCAGGGGCUGCGCUGCCUUCCCCGGCAGGACGAGGAGAAGCCGCUGCACGCCCUGCUGCACGGCCGCGGGGUUUGCCUCAACGAAAAGAGCUACCGUGAGCAGACCAAGAUCGAGAGAGAUUCCCGCGAGCAGGAAGAGCCCACCACCUCGGAGGUGGCCGAGGAGACCUACGCCCCCAAGAUUUUCCGCCCCAAGCACAGCCGCAUCUCCGAGCUGAAGGCCGAGGCCGUGAAGAAGGACCGCAGGAAGAAGCUGAGCCAGUCCAAGCUGGCCGGGGGCGCCGAGAACACCGCCCACCCCCGUGUCAACGCCGCACCGGAAAUCAGACAGGACUCUGAGCAGGGCCCCUGCCGCAGACACAUGGAGGCGUCCCUCCAGGAGCUCAAAGCCAGCCCACGCAUGGUGCCCCGGGCCGUGUACCUGCCCAACUGUGACCGCAAAGGAUUCUACAAGAGAAAGCAGUGCAAGCCUUCCCGCGGCCGCAAACGUGGCAUCUGCUGGUGCGUGGACAAGUACGGGAUGAAGCUGCCCGGCAUGGAGUACGUGGACGGGGACUUUCAGUGCCACACCUUCGACAGCAGCAACACCGAGUGAUGCGUCCCCCCCCACCUGCCCCCUCUCACUCCUCACCCCACCCCCCACCCCACCCCACCCCCAGCCAGCGCCUCCCUCCACCCCAGGACGACACUCAUUUCAUCUCAUUUAAAGGGAAAAAAAAAUACUUAUCUAUUUGAGGAAACUGAGGACCUCGGAAUCUCGAGCAAGCACUUGGAAUACGGCAGCAGCGGAGAUGGACGAAGCUAAGGAGACACCCCACCCCCUCUUUUAAAUGAUUUUCUUUUCGAGGCAAGUCGAGUGAACAGAGUAGGGAAGAGGAAGCAGGAAGUAAAGGAGGGAAGAGGCCCAGAGCCAGGCAGAUGAGUUAGGGAAAGGAUGGGGCAGAGAGAGGCCAGAGCGGGGAGGGCGGGGAUCACUGACUCCAGCGAGGACCAUGCCGGUGACAGUUGUCGCCCUGUGGUCCAGCCCCGAGUUAUGGCCAUUAGGGACCCAUGUGGUUAGCCUGGACUGGGCACUUGGAGGGAGAAAGGAAAAGGCAAAGGGGAAUCAAUUCUGUCCUCUUUGUCCCCACAAAUGAGGGCUUGAACCCUGACCUUACACACACACACACACACACACACACACACACACACACACACCCUUCCCGGCCAUGUGCUCUCAUUCCCCUGCAACCCCGCCAGUGAGGCUGAGAGACAGCGGCCGGGUAGGACUUCCUAUGCCAAGAGUGGAAGGAUGGAGAUGUGCAAAUUUGCCUGAAUCCACUUCUGCCCGGGUAGUUGGUUGGGAGAUUCAUUCUUCCGGGCUAGCGGGGAAGAUGUGCCUUGGCCUUCUCUUUUACAUUGUUCCACUUGGAAGGGUGAGAAAAAGAAAAAAAAAUAGUCGAGAUGGAUCAAUCCAUCUGGCCUCUCUUCCUUCCUCUCGAGAAGUUCCCAUGGAGAGUAGCCCCAGGAAGGCAUUCAGCGGGUCCACGCCCUGGGGGAACCAAGAACCGGAAUGCCUGGUGCAGGUCCCCUAACUUAGACAAGGGGUGUCCAGAGGGAGAAUUGGGGUUAUCUCACUAUCUCACACAGAGUGGGAGUGGGGAGGGUCUCCCUGGCUUCCUCUGAGCAGAGGGGCUCAUACAGACCACGUGGCCCGGGAGAUUUGAAAACUCCAUGGUGCGUCUGUCCAUGGGGAGACCCCAUUUGAACCCUCAGACCCUCCGGAGAGAGAGCCCCUCCCCGCGGAGGCCACCUGCCCCAGCCUUGGAGCCUCUCCAGGAUGGAACCUGCCUGGGGGAAGCCCUGUAGAGCCCGCAGGGAGGGAGAUGGACACUGAGGGAGUCCAGGACAGGGAGGGCGAGAGUGGAUGGGCUCAUGGGAGCCACAGCGGCUGGAGGGCAGGGAGCUGGCUGGCCCUCUGGGCAAGCAGCGUCAAGCAGAGGGAAACAGAGGAGGACAGGAUGGAGAGAAGAGAUGCAGCCUUGGAUGCCCACCGAGAAACAGAUUCCCUGGGGAGGAGAGAAGAGGGAGAGGAGAGAGGCAACAGAGAGGAGGGCGCUGAGGCCGAACCAGAGAGGCACAGGGGACUCUGUCGAGAAGCUGGACUGGCCCGAGGGCCGAAAGAGAUGGACCUGGCCAGAAAGGGGCCCCUGAGGAAGCGCCGGGCUGCCCGGACCCCGCCUCCUCUCUGGGCCCAGCCUAUCAGGACACUCCAGAGGUGCGGCCAGAUGCUGAAGGAGGGAAACCCUGUGCUCCUCCCACCUCCUCAACUAACCGAUGCCUUGGGGAGCUCCGGCGCCACGUGGACCCCGCCAAGAAGCUGGAACCCCACCCUCUCCCCCCUACCCUCCCACCACGCCGUGGAGACACACCCGGCGCCUCCUCCAACACCAGACUGGGGGCCAGGGCAGGGGGCCACGCAAAGGAGCAAACCCAUUUGCAGCUAUGGAUGGCAGCUUGCAGCUGAGGAACUCAGGGGCUCCAGGGGCUCCCUGACCCCAUGCAGACAGCUGGCAUCAGGGGCAGGGGGGACAUGAUCCGCCCUCGAGGACAAAGGAGUCUGAUGGGGACAGCAGCCUGCUCGGCCAGCCGGGCCCCCACUCUCUCUGCGCCACCACCCCAAGACCCCCAACUUGCCUUUCUGAGUCUGAGGCCAAUAGCUGUUUCUGCACACACACACACACGCACGCACACACACACACACCCUCUGCCCAUCUCACUGGGCUGCCAUCCCCCCAAGACAAAGACUGAGCCAGGAAUCGCGUGUUCUGAUAUCCUGAUACCGCACCCCUUUCUUGGACCCCACUGCCGCCCACCAACCAUCUGCCAGGCUUUUAUGCCUCACCCAGGGGAGGGGGACACUUUGCUAUCAGUCAGAGAACAGGGAGCUGGUCUGGCUUCACGGGCAGGGUCUUGCCCACUCACCCAGAGUCCACAGUGUGGGUGGGCAGGGGGGUCCUCUGGGACCUUCAUGGCAGAGCUGGGGCUCCCAGAGAGGGGAGUGGGAAGAGAGGGAUUGUGGAGGGUCAUGUCCCAGGAUGCCAAGACUACGCCCCAAUUUCUCAGUGGCCCCACCUUCGUGCGGGCACCUCCCUGGGUGAGAGGUCUCUGCUCCCCCCCCCCCCCACCUGUUUGGACUCAGGCAGGGAAGAUUUCGUCCCCCACCCUGCCUCCCUGCGCCUCACCUCUGCUCAGUGAUGCAGGGGUAGAGCUAUGCCCCCACCUCCCAGCAGGUCGGGCAGCCCAGAAGGCAGAGACAGGUGUUCCUCGACAGCCAGGUCUGGAUGGACAGGUCUGGGACAAGCAACCCCGUCUCCUCCCAGCUCUCCAGGGCUCAGCGGGGACAGGGCUUGUCAGAGAGCCAGAUGGGCCAAGGAGAAGUGGAGUCUGGUCCCAGUUGUGGGGGGAGGAAGAUUCCAGCUGGCCGGCUGAGACAGGAGGGCACAACCUGGCCCCCGCAUCCUACUGUCUUUAUUGUUGAAACCACUAACGUGCAAAAACGCUCCUUUGCACCCUUCGCUUGCUGUUCCUUAUUCUCCACGUACUUCCUUGGUUUUUCCCCCACUGGAGUCCUAGUUUAGCCGUUUCCACAGCCGUCACCCCUCUGGUGAACGCCUUGGGGAUGGGGGAGAGGAAAGGUAGGAGUGUCAGACAAGGGGGGGGCGCCCAGGCACCCCUUCCCGCCUCCUCAGCCGCCAGCACCAUCCCCUGACAACACAGUAGCCCACACGGAUAGCCCGACCGACCGUUGCAGACAGCAGCUCUCUGAUUCCGAGGUGCCUGCGGCCGUUUAUGAUAGAAGUAGCCGCCACACGUAUUAACACUAGUUCUGUAGUUGACAUGCAUACAUACAUACGUAGCUAGCCUUUCCUCUUUAUUUUUUUUUUGUUGUUGUUUGUUUUCAAUCUUUUUUUUUAAGUAAGUGCUCAUAAUCUUGACUGGUGAAAAGGAUGAGAAAAAAAAUUAAAGAAAUAAGCCCACAAACAAAUACCAGUUUGUGAAAAGAAAAGGAACGCGGGAAGAAAACCCAAUUCACGAGAACAUGGAAGAGCUUUGUUCCCUGUUUAGCAUUUUGUACCUAAGGAAAUAAAAAAAAACAAAAAAAAAACCCAAAAAAGCCACCCCACCUUAAAAACAAAUAAAAAUAAUAAUAAACACAGAUCUCACGUUUUAUUACAAAAGUGAAGAUUGCUGUACACUAUUUAUUCAACGUAUAAUUUAUGUUACUCUCUGAUUUGUCUUUUGUCGUGACAAAGCAUUUAUUUAAUAAAGUGAUGCGUUCAGGUC